AUGUGCAAGACAGUUUUGGCAUCGCUCUCAACACAAUCAUGCCUUCGAGAAACAAUCAAGUUGAAGCAGAAGCAAGACCCGACGUUGACAAGACUUACAGAGAAGAUCAAAAAGGGAAAAGCACCUGAUCUUCAAAUAAAUGAUAGCGGGAUCUUAUGGAUGAAAGGAAGGUUGUGGGUGUCUAACAUUGAUAAUCUUCAACAAGAAGUAAUGUCUGAGGCCCACACAUCAAAAUUCUCAGCCCACCCUGGCAGUACAAAGAUGUAUAGGGAUUUGAAGAAGAACUUCUGGUGGAGCAGAAUGAAGAAGGAUGUCGGGGAAUUCGUCUCUAGUUAUCAUAGAAGCAUUGGAAUGACCCUAUACGAGGCUCUAUAUGGGCGCAAGUGUCGGUCACCUCUAUAUUGGGAUGAAGUAGGAGAAAAAGCUAUAACUGGACCUGAGCUUAUCCAAACCACAGUAGAAAAAGUGACUGUCAUCAAGGAACGACUCAAGGCUGCUCAAGAUCGACAGAAAAGUUGGGCUAAUUUGAAAAGAAGACUAGUGGAAUUUGAAAUGGAUGAUAAGGCCUAUAUAAAGAUUUCGCCAAUGAAGGGAGUAGUUCGAUUCAAUAAAGUUGGGAAACUAAAUCCUAGAUAUGUAGGGACUUUCGAAAUUCUGGAGAAAGUGGGAUUACUAGCUUACAGACUGGCAUUACCACCAGAUAUGUCAAGGAUUCAUAAUGUCUUUCACAUCUCCCAACUAAGAAGAUACGUUGUAGAUCCGAACCAUAUCUUGGAAACUAGACCACUCCUAGUCGAAGGGAACUUGAAUGAAGAAUUGAAGUAUGAAGAAGUUCCCAUUCGAAUUAUUGACACCAAGGAUCAAGUACUUAGACGAAGAACUAUCCCGUACGUCAAAGUACAAUGGUCCAAUCACACUGAAAGGGAAGCUACCUGGGAACCCGAGGAAAAGAUGCGCAAGCAUUACCCAUAUCUCUUCGAAGAUCAAGCGAGCUCAAGUUUCGAGGAUGAAACUUCUAAUAAGGAGGGUGGGAUGUGA